UUAAUAUGUUCAGAUAAAGCAUAUAAAAGUUGUUUCGUGUUACAUAAAUUGAUAAAAAAAGCGAAUAGUCGAUCAUAUAUACAAGAAUGCAUACAUAGGAAAAUAAAAGAAGUGUGCCCGUCGUGUAUGUGUAUAUAAAAAACGGGAAGUCAUAAAAGGUCGAAAUUAUCAAAAAAAAUUGCAUUUGCAGUUUAAGGAAUAACAAUGAACGUCCUAUUAAUGAACAGAAAUCCAACCAUUACUGUUAAAUCUGUCAGCAACUGAUUAUCUAUUAAUACUAAGAGUCAAUUAGUGUAUACCGUAAACACCAGUGACAACAGCAACAACAACAACAACUAUUUUGUAUAUUCCAAUCAAUCUAAUUUUUUAACGCAAUUAAACUUAAGUAUUAAGAACUGUCGAGCGCCAAAAUGACGGUAGACUUCAAUGAUUACUUUUGGGGCGAGAAAAACAAUGGCUUCGAUGUUUUAUAUCAUAACAUGAAGUAUGGCUUGGUUGCCAGUAAAGAACUCUCGGAGUUUUUUCGAGAAAAAUCCAAUAUCGAAGAGCAAAAUUCCAAGUUGAUGUCGAAAUUGGCACAUAAAGCCAGCACCGGUACGUUGAAUAGCACGUUCGCUCCCGUAUGGACAAUACUACGUACAUCGGCUGAAAAAUUAUCCACUUUACAUAUGCAAAUGGUGCAGAAAUUAACUGAGUUAGUUAAAGAUGUCGCUAAGUAUGCUGAUGAGUUGCAUAAAAAACAUAAAUCAGUGAAAGAGGAAGAAUCUCAAACGUUGGAUUGUGUUAAGGCCAUACAAUCAUCUACAACGGAAGUUCAAAAGGCCCGAGACCUUUAUAGUAAUAAAGUACUAGAAUUAGAGAAGUUGCGUAAAGAUAGUGCAUCACAGAAAGAUAUUGAAAAACUGGAAACAAAACUGCGUAAAUUACAAGAAGACUAUAAGGUGCUACUGGAGAAGCAUAAUCCUAUUAAAAAUGAGUUCGAAAGGCGUAUGACACAAACAUGUAAACGUUUCCAAGAAAUCGAAGAAGUGCAUUUGCGUCAAAUGAAAGAAUUUCUUUCUACUUAUUUGGAGUUGUUACAAAACAAUCAUGAUAUGGUGGGGCAGGUACAUUCCGACUUCAAACGUCAAUUUCUUGAUAUGACGGUGGACAAAUUGCUGGAACAAUUUGUUUUAAACAAAUAUACCGGUUUGGAAAAACCAGAAAUGCCUGAACUUGAAUUCAUUCCACUUUCCAUUAAUCAACAAUUGUCAGCUACGUCUGCUACACGUUUAAAUCAACCUAACACAGCAUCGAUAUCGUCUGCUACUAAUUCCAAUUCAGCUACCAGUAUUAAUCGUGCCGGUGCUAUCUCAAUGGAUCAGCGUGGUCUGGAGGCGUCUUCAUUGGGUAGUACAGCUAGCGGUAGUGUUGGUCUCGUUAAUAACGAUGAUACAAUAGUAGCUAGUAGUGCUAAAAUAACUGCGUCAGCAAUAACGUCUACUUCACGCCCUACAUCACCGGAAUUAGCACCAGCAUCGGCAGCAGGAAAUGCUGCGGCGACUAGCAGUAACAGCUCUACAGCAACCGCUACCACCGUAAAGAGCAAUUUUCUUAAUUGGUUCUCUUCAAACAUUCCCAGCAAAUCGCAUCAACAGCAGCAACACAGUGUAGGAUUAAAUGCCACCGCGACGACCAGUGCAAGCGGAAAUUUCGGUAUGGCUAGUAAUGGUACCAACAACAAUUCAAUAUCUACUAGUACUACCACCACCACAACAACUAGUACAUCCACUACCAAUACCACAACCAAAACUACUACCACUGGCACAACCAUCAAAAAUCCCCUUAACUCAGAGCUUCAGUCACUGCAGGAUAAUAAUAAUCAAGGUUCAUUUAUGUUUCCUACUACUACUACUGCUUCUACAGCAACAGCAGCAACAUCAUUACUACCGAAUAUUUCAGCUAUUGGAACAAAUACUAAAAAAAUGACCGAACGUUGUAUUGCAACAUCAACAACAAAUCAUCAUUUUUCACCACAAAAUACCACAACAUCAUCAACGUCUGCUAGCCUGGGCGGCGGUACAUCAUCUCAAAGACGUACCACUUCACUAUUGAAUAUAUUUUCUUCAAAUUCCCAGGUGUCUGGUAUCCUGCGCAGUCGUCGUGAUAAGGCCAAGACGAAGAAAUCGAAAAAAAAGAAAGAUGGUGAUCUGGGUGAUAACAUACAAGAAGAACGUACCCAAAGUGUCGAUCGGCUUAAUAGUGGUUUAGAUUAUGAUGAUCAUAAUCGAAUCAAAAGUCAAAGUACUGUCGGUAGCAGUGCUAUCGGUUUGGCAUUAACUUCUACCACUGGCAGUAGUAGCGGUAUUACUAUCGGUAAUGUGGAUUCUUCUGGCUCCACCGUUAUAAAUGCUACUGCCAUCAGUUCGACAACGAAUAUUACUAAUAACAACGCUACCACCAAUAUAUGUGAUAUUUUGAUUAAUAGUUCAGCUAGUGGCGGUGGUAGUGGUGGCGGUGAUGCCUUAAUUACGAAAGCGAAUAGUUCUGGAGUAACUAUAAAUGCUACAACCGUCUCCAACAACUUUAAAGGCAAUGAAGUUGAUGAAGAUGGUUACAGUUUACAGCCACCUAAAGAAAUUGCUUGGGAAGAAAAUCAUGAAAAUGCGGGUAGUUUCUAUUCUGAUUCCGAUUCAGAUUCUGAUAAUGAUAAACCCGAAAGACGUAUACACGUUAAAAUAAAGCCUCUUAAUAAUGGUCAAGCCCCAAUGUCGGCCAGUGUCGAUGAACUACGCGCUACUGUCGAGAAUAUAUCGUUAUCGCCUACAGGAGUAUUUUCGCAUCACAGUCAGCAACUCCAACAACCAUCGCGGCUAACGUCACGGCAACAAUCACCGGAAAUAUCGAACGCGUCAACGCCAACGGCCACUGUACAUCCAUACGCGCCACUGCAAAGUCCCACUUUAUCCAUGUCUAACAAUUCCAGAUAUGCCGAUCUGGGUGAUAUAUUCUCGGAAUUAGGUGAUGUUAGCAUCUCUGCGCCUGCAUCUGCAAAUCUUACAAAGACACAAAGCCGGCAAAUACCAACACCCACGUCGGGCACGGGCACGGGCACGAAUAGCAGCAUAGCUAUACCGCGACCGCCUUCAAGGCGUUCGGAAAUGGUGGUGGCCGGUGCUAGAGGACGCAUAAGUCCGGCUCCAAUAAAUGCUAUGAAUCGUGCUGACAGUAUUGGUUCUUUAGAAUUUCGUACUGCUAUCGGUGGUAUAGGCUCAUCGCGCGGACCUUCACCGUUAACAAUCGGUAUUUCGGAUACCAUACCUUUGGCGGUCGCAUUCCAUGAGAUUAUACAUGCCUACUUUAGAGGUAGUGAUGAAUCUCGUUGUCAAGUGAAAAUCUCCGGUGAUAUGAUGUUAUCAUUUCCUGCUGGCAUAGCCGGCUUGCUGGCCAACAAUCCCAAUCCAAAUAAAUUGGGUUUUCGCAUCAAAAAUGUACAAAAUUUGGAUAAUUUUAUACCAAAUAGUAAACUAGUGCAAGUUGAUAAGAAUCAAUCCAGUUCGUUUAGUACAAUGUUGGAAUUUAAUAUGCCCGCAUUAACGGCUUUAUUAAGACGUCAAGCAGAACAUAAUCCUACGGCAUCAUAUUUCAAUGUUGAUAUUUUAAAAUAUCAAGUACGCACUAAACCGGGUGCCAGCUCGUGUCCAUUUCAAUUAGUUAGUUAUUGGAAAUGCGAGCCGACAUUUACAGCUUUAAAAAUUGAUUACAAAUACAAUAAUCAUGCCAUGGCUAGUGCCUGCCCUCUCUUAAAUGUUACUCUUUCCGUACCGGUAAAUGGUUCAGUUCGAAAUGUGCAGUCAAAACCGCAUUCAGCAUGGUUGGGAGAAUCGAAUCGUUUGGUUUGGAAUUUUACGGAUAUUUCGCAAAACUCUCCAGACGGUGGAGUGGGAACGUUAAGAGCACGCUUGGAAUUAGGUGACGGACCAUCAACCCCUGCCUUACUUAGCACUCAAUUUAAUUGCGAAGGUACUACUUUGUCUGGCAUUGAGUUUGAAUUGCAAGGCAGUGGCUAUCGUUUGUCUCUCGUUAAACGACGUUUUGUAUCGGGUAAAUAUGUAUGUGAAGGCGAUGGGAUACGCAGCACAACAACGCCUACACCACCGUCCGUUGGUUCAUCUAGUCCAUUUUCGGCUAAAUCGAAUUGAUAACUUCCUUAUGUCUUAUAACGAAGAACGACAAUUGGGUGGUAAAGAGAGAAAUAAAAAAAUCAAGGGAUAAAUCUGGCAAAGAGAGAAAGAGAAAAAGGAGUCGAAGUGAAAGACCAAGAGGAAAGAAAAGAACCAUAGCGAAAGAGAGAGAAGACAAAAUAAAGAUAUUACAACAAUUGCCUCAAUUAUUGUGUUAGCUAAAUACAAAAAAAAAAAAAA